ACGACGCCAUUCGAUUGUACACAACGCCCGCGCACGCACGCGUUUCAAAAUGGCCUCCACCGUCCUUCUACACAUUUUGAACACGGUCCAAAUGAUCUUCGGCUUGGCCUUGACCGCUGCCUCGAUCUGGUUCUUCAUCGAAGUCCAAAGCAUAACCAGCUUGAGGAACACCAACCACUAUUUGCUGGACUACAACGUUUACUGGCCGCAAGCGAUACCAUGGAUAUUCAUGAUUGUGGGAAUUUUCAUUCUGUGCAUUUCGUGCUGCGGUUUCGCUGGAGCGAGGAAGAAGAAUCGAGGCAUGGUUGUGUUGUUCGCGAUAUUCCAAAGUAUCGCUAUAGUUGGAUUGGUUGCUGCGGCCAUCGUGGCUUUGACUUGCGCUGACUCGAAGAGCACGGAUAAAUUCAUGGAAGACACUAUUUGGGACGUGUACACACACACGAAGAAUGAUAGAGAUGUCGAAAUGGCUUUCGGGAAUAUCGAGAAACGUCUUCAAUGCUGCGGAGCUGGUGGUCCUCGGGACUACCUCAACUGGAGACGUGAGUUCCCUAUCUCCUGCUGCGAUACCUAUUACCACGGCUGGAUCGGCGCGUACAACAUCGACUGCGACUUCACGAACAAACUAGCAAACGAAAGGCACGGAUGCUCGGCAGUAGCAGUAAAUUAUACGCGAGUUAUAAUCAAAGUGCUGGCCGGAGCCUCUGUCUUCACAGCGUUUAUAGGAAUAAUGAGUCUGAUAGUGGCCGUAGCGUUGAUUCUGGGAGGGCUGAAGAAGAAGUCGAAGAUGGUGUUGGCGCCGCACGAGAUGGAAAGCAAGAAGGUUUUGUUAUAAGUGAUAUAUCAGUGAAUUUGAACCCGGGAACGAGGUAUGUCUAUGGGAUGCUUAACGUAAAUAGUUACUCUAGUUUUGUAAUUUAGUUCAGUUUCUCACGAAAGUAACUAAUAGUUAACUGUAUCCCAGACUAGGUUCUUGGUUUAUGUAUAAGGCUGCGAAUGGACAAAUCAAUUGUUUAAGGUAUUUGUUAUAAUUAAUACCAAAGAUACAUUCCACCAUUUUGAAAACACAAUCUCAAAGUUACCUGAUAUUUUUUCAUUAUUCUUUCAAGAUUUAGUUAAUAACUUGCAAGAUACAAAAGCGACGCUCUCCCUCUAUUAAUACGGUUCAAAAUGGCGGGUAAUGAAAUUGAUGCGAUAUCGCUUAAUUGGUUUAGUGGUUGGGUACUUGGUUGUGACAUCCAUGAGGUAUAUUGGGUUCGAUACCCGGGUCUGGUAAUCAAAAUGUUUUUGAUAGAAAAACAUAUUUGAAUUGCCUGAGAGUACAAUUUGUUAUGUUAUUAUAUAAAUUCGGCUAAGAAUAGAUAUACUAGUUGCUCUGCUUACCUUUUCCGUGAUACAAGCGUGAGCUUAUAUAACAAAUUGUAAGCGUUUACGAAAUGUUAUGUUGCAUUUGGGUGUCACUUAUGCAACUUGGUUGCGUAAUAGAAGAUACAAGAAGUACUUUUGUUUAACCCGCGGAUGACAGCGCAUUUAGCGAAACCGUGUUAAAUGAGUACUACCGUGGUAAUUGCUACAAAAUUACUCAUUGUUUUGGUUAUUUCGCGAAUAUUCAAUACUAAUCUAUAUUAAGUAUAAUAUAAUUUAUUAACCGCGAAUAUUGAAACCGCGUAUAUCGAAUCCGCGUUAUGCGAGGGAGCAUGACACACUUUUCCUUAUAUGAGUGUUACGAAAGGGUCCCCUAAGGGCCUCUAUGUUGUCUGUCUCUAUGUGUAGAGAGAGAUCAACAGUGACGUAACAUAGAGUCGAAUGCAGGCGAAUAUGACUCUAAUGUACAGGUAACUAAAAAAGGUUUUUGUUUAAAAAACAUAACAUACAAAAUGUACUUAUAAUAUUUUAAAACAAAUUUUAUUUUAGAUUGUUUUUAAAAAUUGAUUGUAUAAUUGUUUUUAUUUAUUAGCGAUGAUGUUAAAACGAUGACUAAUUCUAUUAUGGUUUUUUAAGUGACUCAUAAGUAUUAUUGUGGCUGACUCACAUUUUUCUUAUGGCUUGUACAUGACAUGAAUUUCUACAUCGCCGUGUCACCUUGAAUGUUCAACUUUUUACAUUAUUUAACAACAUGAUUAAUGUAGCGAGUUUAUUGCAUUAUAGAUAAUUAAUCCGUCGAGUUUAUAUUUUAAAUUUCGAAGAAGAUUCGAGAAUUCUGAAUUUGAAUUUAUGAAAUAUGCAAGCUAGAUAAUUUAAUUAUCAUUUGUUACUAAGUUUAUUGUAAUCGAGAAUUCCGAGUUUAUAACGUAUUAUUUAUAAACUGAUUUUGUAAAUAUUACUUUAUAUUAAUAUGUAAUUGACAGUGGCGCCAUCUGUCAUAAGUGUAGUUAAGGAUAAUUAAACAAUAAGAUAAUGAAUUUCAUACAAAUAGAUAUUUAUUAAAAUAUGUGUGAAUAUUAAAGAGAUAAAAUAAUUAACUAUAAAGGCUGUAACGCUUUAUUAAAUGGGAUUAUCCCAUAUUUGUUUGUAGGUUAGUAUUAAUUUAAUGUAGUUAUAGUUACUAGGGUAUUUAAAAUAUAUUAUUUCUAAAAUUUUGUCAUACAUGGCCCUUAUGGGUGAAUUGUAGGUGAAUAGCUCUGCCUUGCUUGUUAAGGUUUUCUUAUAUAAAAAUUUAAUUUAAUUAUUUUUUAAAUGUGGGAACGUAAAUCGCAUUUAUUUAAGUGAAGUUAUCUCUUUAAUAUAUUUCAGUAAGAUGUUGUUGCGUUGUAGUAACAAAUAUAUAUUUGAAAAUUA